GGAUAGCCUAGACCUAGAGUGUAAACCGGAUAGAGGAGUAACGAAGGCACGCCAAGAUGCAGAUCUUCGUGAAAACCCUUACUGGGAAGACGAUUACGUUGGAAGUUGAGUCCAGCGACACCAUCGACAAUGUCAAAGCUAAAAUCCAGGACAAGGAAGGUAUCCCCCCGGACCAGCAAAGACUUAUCUUCGCCGGGAAGCAGCUUGAGGAUGGGCGAACUCUCGCCGACUACAAUAUCCAGAAAGAGUCAACUCUGCACUUGGUGCUUAGGCUCCGUGGUGGUAUUAUUGAGCCAUCUCUAAUGGCAUUGGCUAGGAAGUACAAUCAAGACAAGAUGAUCUGCCGCAAGUGCUAUGCCCGCUUGCACCCACGUGCUGUAAACUGCAGGAAAAAGAAGUGUGGACAUAGCAACCAGUUGAGGCCAAAGAAGAAGAUCAAGUAGACGUUUUAUGUUUUUUACUUAUUUUCUUCAGCACUUGUGCUUAGAACUAUUUGCUUUAUACUCUUUAGAAGUUUGAAUUGUUAUGAUUUUGCUUCAACGUUCUCAAGUAAUGGCAUGUUUUGUUCUUGACUUUUUGAGUA